UGAUAAGAUAAAGUUUAUACGAAAUAAAGAUAUCGACUAAUAAUCAUAUGUUUUUUCUCGAAUAUACAUGUAUAAGUCUCGUCUUUAUGGGAUGUGAGACAUGAAACUCUGAAAGGGAAUGGCAAUCAUCAGAGACUGCAAAAUACAGACAGCCCUUGCAUAUCAACUUGUACGACUGCCACAAACUUGUCUUCCCUUGGAGAUUUCCAGUCCAAUUCAACAAUCAACUCUCAGAAAAAAAUGAGUAAGGACAAUAAUAUACGGAUGGCUAUCCAGGAGAUAGAGCCGUUACAAAAAAAGCAAGAGGAACAACAGCCGAAUGAGACUGGAGAAGUUUCAAAGUCUAGUUUUUCACAAAUCAAAACACAAUUGCUGGCAGUCUUCUCCGUUUCCUUGAUUUCACUCGUCAUAGGAUAUUCAACAGCGUACACAGCUCCUGCACAGCUAUCAUUGGAAAGAGACUUCAAUUUAACUGCAAAGGGUGGGGAGAUGUCAUGGAUUUCAAGUUUUAUGCCCCUUGGAGCUCUUGCCGGUGGUGUCAUCGGAGGGACCAUGAUAGACUACUUUGGGAGAAAAUGGACCUUUCUCCUCACCAACAUUUUUUUUCUUGUUGCAUGGUUGAUCAGCUUUUCCGCUCAAACCUAUAUCUACCUCUACGUUGGAAGAAUUAUAACGGGUAUUGCUGUUGGGAUUACUUCACUUGCUGUUCCCGUAUAUACAGCGGAGAUUAUACAACCAGAAGUUAGAGGGACCUUAGGUCUUCUACCCACUGCCAUGGGAAAUAUAGGAAUUUUAGUUUGUUUUCUAUUCGGCUCAUUUCUAGAAUGGAGAAAUUUAGCACUAAUCGCAGUCAUGCUAACAGUACCUUUCCUGAUCAUGAUUUGGUUUAUUCCUGACACUCCAAAAUUUCUUUUGUCAAAAGGGCAACACGACCAAGCUAAAGAUGCCCUGAAAUGGUUGCGUGGAAAUGACACAAAUAUUGAUACAGAAUUUUUAGAUUUGCAAAAAAUUCAAAAAAAGUCGGAUGACCAAAAUGAAAGUAUGAUGAUUAUUUUCUCUGCAAGUAAUCUCAAACCUCUUGGCAUUGUGUUAGGACUGAUGCUGUUUCAACAAUUCAGUGGUAUAAAUGCUAUUUUAUUCUACACAACAAAAAUUUUCAAAGAAUCAGUUUCUUCCCUUGAUGAGAACGUUUGUACAGUUAUUGUGGGAGUUGUCAAUUUUGUAUCAACAUUCGUAGCAACGAUUUUGAUAGACAAAUUGGGAAGAAAAAUAUUAUUGUAUAUUUCCAGUGUAACAAUGAUCGUUUCCCUUGUCGUUGCAGGGGCAUACUUCUAUAUAAAAAAUGUAACAGAUAUAAAUGUAACACCCCUUGGCUGGUUGCCGUUGGCUACUUUUAUGAUGUAUGUAUUAGGAUUCUCUCUAGGGUUUGGACCUAUUCCAUGGCUGAUGAUGGGAGAGAUCCUUCCAGCUAAAAUAAGAGGAGCAGGAGCCUCUAUAUCAACAGCAUUCAAUUGGGCAUGUACGUUCAUAGUAACAAAAACAUUUUUGCUAAUCAUGAACGCCAUUGGUGCUCAUUAUACAUUUUGGAUGUAUGGUGUCGUUGUAGUAGGUGCUCUCAUAUUUUCAAUUUUCAUUGUUCCAGAAACAAAGGGAAAAAGUUUGGCUGAAAUUGAAAAUAAAUUGGGAGGCCAUAAAGAUGAGAGAAAACACUUCAUAGAUAAUUUGAAAACCGUUUCUUCUGUCUCGUAGAAAACUGACUAGAUUAUAGUAAGUGUCUGUUGAUUCGCUAGCCACAUAUCCUUAGAAAUUAAAUAUAGAUUUCUGUAUUUAUGUAAAUAGUAUCGUUACCUCAAAAAGUGUUAUUUAUUAUUUAAUGAAAUAUUUUCAUAUUGAAAUCAAUUAAAUUUGGUUGUUACGAUGAUUGUAUUGGAAUUGGACCGGCGGGGGUAUAAAUGUUUGCAAUAAAUAGUAUUUAUAAUAACUAAUAACAAAACGGUAGUUUGCUCAAUUACAAUUACAUCACAAUAUAAUCCAAGUUCGAAUUACUUACAGCGUAUUAUAAUGAGCGAUUUAUAAGGAAGUAAGAGACAUAUUUUGAGUAGUAAAAUUCAUUCAAUAAAAAUGCAUGCAAUUUUA